CAGCCGCCUGCGAUGCAGGAUGUACCCUUCGCGACUUCUCCCAAUGUCCUGAUGAGCCCUGCUGAUUCAUGCUCUGAGCCUUUUUCUCCAGCAUCAGGUUCUUUAUACUCGCAUUCUCCAGUUCUGCCUUACGAUCGGAUGUCAGAUUUUAGAGCUCAUCGAGUACCUCCUAUACAACCCCCUUCCGGCAUGUCGCCUACUAUGCAGUCCCAGGGCACGAGCGUUGCUGGCAGUUCUGGCAUGAUGGGUAGGGGAGAUAGCUGCCCAGGAGCAUACACACUCCAUCGAGGUACUUUUCCGUCGUUAUCAGGCCUGAACGACAUGUCGAGAAUGUCUACAUAUACAAGCACGCCACGAGCGCUCGAUAGCACUAUUGAUCGGUCUCAAAGUAUGAUGUUUGGACAAUCCGGGAACAUUUUGAUGGAACCUGUGCAGCGUCUAUCUCAACCGAUGACAGAUGCCCCUCCCUUCCACGAGACAGAUAUCAUUCACCCCGUCUUUGCGGGCAGUAUUUCGGGACAGGCUAUCAAACCUGAAAUCCAAGCGAAAAUACACAAGGGCUUUUUUCAAGUCGACGACAAGUGGACCUGCUACCGACGCAAUUACUUUUCUGUCUCGUGCUCGUUUUCGUUGCAUCCUUGGACGAAUACUCCCCUAUUCCUCAAAUUCACAGACCACCCCGCUGGCGAUCGCAUUCGGGCAUUUUCCAUGUCAAUUUCAGCAAUAGUGAACUCGCAAUUUGCAGAGCCCCGAGAGUUGGUUCAACACACCCCAAAACGCGACAAACAGUCGGAGUCGAAGCCAAAGAAAGUUGUCUUGCAGCCUUGCCAGCCACCACCAUUAAUGCUGGGUCAUGGUUCAGCAUCCAACGGCAACCAUGGGUUCCCAUUGGCUUCACAAUCUGCAGGCAUGCCAAUGGACUACCAUUCAUCUUUCAGCAGCACGGCCCAGGCUUCACAGCCCCCCACUCAGUACACAUUCGAGCGGAUUCAGUUCCAGAAGGCAACGGCAAACAAUGGAAAGCGCCGGGCCCAGCAGCAAUAUUAUAACCUCGUUGUCGAGCUCUACGCAGAUAUUACGCCGGUUGGUAGCAGCGAACAACGGUUAGUGAAGAUAGCGAGACGGUUGUCACACCCAAUGGUUGUCCGUGGCCGUUCUCCAGGGCACUACAAAGAUGGUCGGAGAGACAGCUCAACCAGCAUGGGCCCCGACAGCGGAAGUGGUGGCUCUGGGGAUAGCAGCGGGGGGGCUGUCUUACCUCCAGGUAUUGGACACGCCUCGCGCCCUCACCUAGGUCUCAUGUCCUACGAUCACUCCCAACGUGGGGGUGCGCACUAUGGUCGACCGGACUACCAUCAGAUGGCGACGGCAGAUCACUCUCCAUUAAGCGACAGCCCGCAUGUAUCCUCGUCGUCUUCCUCUGCCUUUGAUAUUGGCAUGCUGGACGACUCCAUGGACCCAAUGAAUACUAUGAAAUGCACGAGCAGCAUGGGGUCCUAUCCUGACUCCACGUAUGCAAUCACGUCUCCGGGCCACAGGAAGACCGAAGGUCCAUUCCGCCAUCAUUUGCCACCUUUUGAGUACGACACGCUUUCCAAGGGGAGUGACGAUUCUGGGAAUAGCUAUCCUGACUCGUUUGAUUCAAUGGUCUCGAUGCUUCCAAGCGACCAAAAUGAUCACUCUCUUUUCCUGAAGCACCCACGGAUGACACUCCAUCAUUCCAGCACAACUGGAUACGACCCUUUUUACCCAAGUCGACCAAGUGACCCUGGCCCCUACGGUCGGUUCGACCCCGUUCAACACUCACACGGGUUGGUCGCUUAGAGUCUAUCGCCUACACUUCUAUUCUAUUGCCCCAUGACUCCAUACGUUCAUUUUCUUUGUCUCAUUUUUAUCAUUCUUUUUUUUAACAUUUUUAUUUAUUCUUCCCCAUUAGAAUUUCUUUCCCUUUUCUUUUUCUUUUUUGCGGUGAAUGGGUUUGGUUCUAGCGAGUGACACUGUAUGCACGAGUCCUACGUUUCUUCUUUCUUUUGUCUUUUUCUUUUUCUUUUUUCUUUUCAGAAAGAAUUGGUCAAAAUUGGCAAUUUCCUUUUUUACUUCCUUUCUAUUUUCUAUUUUCUUUUUUUUACCCCCCUUGUCUAUGCAGGCUAGACAGGCCAGGCAAUAGUUCUAUUGAUCACCAGGAUGUGUUCAAGCUGAAAAUAUUGCAUGAAUAUGCUUCUCCACUUUGUGAUCUGGUCUUUUUGUUCUUCUGUUCUAUCUGUUAUUUGUUUUUUUAGCCCAUCCUCCUUAUUUACUCCGUGUCCCUUGUUUU